AUGGCAUCGACUCAGAACAGCACGAGCUUACCGAACUCUCCAUCGAUCGCUCCAUGUAUGACAUCUCACCCGGAGGCCUUCCAUGACGCGCUUAGGGCCAAGCAGCAAGCACUUUGUCUGCUGAAGUCUGCUCUCGAAGACAUUGCUUCAGCCGAUGUUGAUGUCGUUCUCGCGGUGGUGCUUCUCCUCGUUGGGUUCGAGCUCAUUGACUCUGGGCGGGGCAGCUGGAUAUUUCACAUCCAUGGUGCGAGAUUAAUCAUUGAGAAGCUGAUCACAUCCACCCUGGCGACGGGGACUGCUUUGAGUCCGCUUCGCAGCUGGUUGGUGUCAAAUUGCUUGGUGUAUGAUCUUCUCGGCUCAUCAUUCGCAAAUUCUUAUCUACCGCACAGCGGUUGGCCAUCGACGACUACCAUGUCACUGCUUCAAGAUGCAGAAGGCAACCAUUGCUCGUCAUUUCCGGCAGCCCUUCUCCCUCUGAUACAUGCAGGCGCUCAGCUAUUGAGGAGGAACGAAGUUUCCACGUCUCCGGAUAGCGUGAUGAGUUUAGGACUACAGGACGCAUUUCAUCUCCUAGACGCCGCGAAGUCAUUCGACCCAGCCGUUUGGGCCAUCAAUUUGCAGCCACGCUCACCGGCGGACGAUCUCUUCCAUCGGACUGGAAUUGCCUCUGCACACAGGGCAGCUGUAUGCAUCUACCUCUCGCGCAUUAUUCUGACUCUAUGGCCUAGCACAGUAUUGCCGGAUGAUCUGGAAACGCUGGCAACAGAAAUAAUCAUCCACCUUUCAAAUAUGCACCCUGGAGAUGCGUUAUUCACAGCGACAGCGUGGCCAGCUUUCAUUGCUGGACUGGAAACGGCCGAGCUUACGAACCGUGCUUGGGUAGUGAGGAGAUUCCAAGAGCUCUGGGAAAUGGAGCCUUGGGGACUUACCAGGGAGGCGCUCGAAGCACUGAGGACGAUCUGGGAUGGAAGAAAGAAUGAAAAUGCCGUCAAGAGAAGUAAUGACCGACCUCACAAACAGGAAGAGGAUUGGAACUGGAUUGAGAAGCUACAGAACAUAGGCACCGACUGGUUGAUUGCCUGA